AUGGAUGAACGCGCGCUGUGGCAAAACGCGCGGGACUUAGCCGGGUCGCGAACCCGAACGUCGCCGUUGCCGGGCAACCGUCCCGUCAAAAUCAGUUGUUUCAAUAUGGCCGAAUCUCGACGGCCGGGCACGUCAGGCGGCGAAACGAACACGGAAAAUCAGGAAUACGACGCAAGGUUGGACUUUUUUAGUGCUCAAUUCGACCCGUUAGAGGCGUUGAGAAGUGAUAACGUUAAGUUACCGCAGCCGAAAGCGCGGACAUUCGAUAAUAUUGCGAAAUGGAAAUCGCACGUGGAUAGAGGCGGCGUUCAGCCUGAAAGGAAAAAACCGGCCGGUGCCGCACAAAGACGGUGGCAAGAACAUCAACUGCCGGUGCAAACGACCAGGCCGAAGAAAGAAAGAAAAAACGUUUUCACCAGAAUGGAGAGCUUUGCGGGACCAUUCGCCGCGAUGCGAAAGUACGUCGCAGAAAAGUCUAGGAUCAAGAUUGUGACGCGAGAUGACCGCGGCGUCCGUGGCGUCUGCACCGCGACGCUGUUGGCGUUCGAUAAACACUGGAACUUGCUUCUCGAAAACGCGGAAGAGAUCUGGAAGAGAAAGCGAAAGACCAAAACUCCUUUGCUAGAAUCGAUCCCCUACGAAGACGCCGAGCGACGCGGACGGGUUCGACUGCCGGAAACUCAAACGGUAAGGAUCAGCAAAAACACCGAGCAGUGCAGGAGGUUCGUGAGGCAGAUGAUUAUGAGGGGGGAGGACGUGGUGCUGGUGUGCUUACAUCGUACAGAUGGGGAACGUGAUACUUGAUAAAUUGACCGACAAUCGUUAGCUUUUAAGGUUCAAAACUCUUUAAUUAAGCGGAAUAAAUUAUUGUUUUUCUUUC